GCGGCGCAGGCGCGGUGCCGCCGGUAAAGGGCAGGCAGUGGCGGGGCCCGGCGGUGUUAUGAGCGCGGAAGCCGAGGCGUCCCGGGCGGGGACCGGCGGCAGCGGCUCUGCGGCCCUCGGGCCCAGCUCGCCCGCCGCCAUAGAGCCGGCGCUGCAGCCUCCGUUCCCGCGGACGAUGCCGGGGGCCGGCCUAUUCGGGUGGCUUCGUGGGCGCUGCCUGGGCCGCAGCGCCGCCGUGGACCCGGCACGGGACACGUUCCGCGCUAUGACCGGGCUGUACGGCUCCAUCCAGCCCGCUGACUCCGUGUAUCUCAGCACUCGCACGCACGGCGCCGUCUUCAACCUCGAGUACUCGCCCGACGGGUCGGUGCUGACUGUUGCUUGUGAACAGACUGAAGUACUGCUUUUUGACCCGAUAUCUUCAAAGCACAUUAAAACUCUCUCUGAAGCUCAUGAAGACUGUGUAAAUAAUAUCAGGUUUCUAGAUAAUCGACUGUUUGCAACUUGUUCUGAUGACACUACAAUAGCACUUUGGGAUUUGAGAAAGCUGAACACAAAAGUGUGUACUUUACAUGGUCACACCAGCUGGGUUAAAAACAUUGAGUACGAUACCAAUACAAGGUUACUAGUAACAUCAGGAUUUGAUGGAAAUGUGAUCAUCUGGGACACAAACAGGUGCACAGAAGAUGGAUGUCCCCACAAGAAGUUUUUUCACACCCGUUUUCUUAUGCGAAUGAGGCUGACGCCAGACUGUUCCAAAAUGUUGAUCUCAACCUCCUCUGGGUAUCUUCUGAUUUUGCAUGACCUUGACCUAAACAAAUCUUUAGAGGUUGGCAGCUACCCAAUUUUAAGAGCGAGGAGGACUACUACAUCAAGUUCAGACAUAACUUCAUCAGGUUCCUCUGGUCCUCGAGCUGUUGGUUCACCAUGUCACCAGAAUGAUUCAGGUCCACUGUCUGAGAAACACAUGUCACGGUCCUCCCAGCGAGAAGGUGGAUCACCUAGAAAUAGUCUGGAGGUCUUAACACCAGAGGUUCCUGGAGAAAGAGAUCGAGGCAACUGCAUUACAUCACUACAGCUACAUCCGAAAGGUUGGGCUACGCUUCUUCGAUGCUCAAGUAAUACAGAUGACCAGGAGUGGACUUGUGUCUAUGAAUUCCAGGAAGGAGCUCCUGUGCGCCCUGUCUCGCCUCGUUGUUCCCUGCGAUUGACUCAUUGCAUUGAAGAAGCCAAUGUGGGCCGAGGUUACAUCAAAGAACUUUGUUUCAGUCCUGAUGGCCGGAUGAUUUCAUCCCCGCAUGGCUUUGGGAUCCGUUUGUUGGGGUUUGAUGCACACUGCAGCGAACUUGUUGACUGUUUGCCCAAAGAAGCCAGUCCCCUGAAAGAAAUCCGUUCCCUCUACUCUCACAAUGAUGUGGUACUGACAACCAAGUUUUCUCCAACACACUGUCAGAUUGCCUCAGGGUGCCUUAGCGGACGUGUUUCUCUGUAUCAGCCAAAGUUCUAGGCACAUCUUGCAUUAACGGGACCUUCAGAUGUUUGUGGGUUUUACUUCAGUUUAGUUGAAGUGUGUUCUUUCUGAAAUCUCCAAAUCCAGAUAAGAUCAUGGUUCCUGUGAUCUCUGAACACAAUAGUAGAAUGAGUUUUCAGCCAAGCACUAUAUGCAUUCUCAUAGUGCAUCCACAAAUCUGCUUCCACGCACUGUAUUUUCAGCCUUCCAAGCAGACCUCUGAUCCUGUGCCAUCAAGUCAUUGUUCUGGUUGGUUUGUACCGUAAUACUUGUUAAUAAUUUCCUUCAAUGCAACUUCAAGUGGGCUAUUUGAAACUAAUGUGGAGGGGGCAAGGGUAGCAGUUCAGGCAAAACUCACCCAGGCUCCCAGGUACACCACCUCCUUGUUUCAAAGGAGCUGGACUUCCUCACGUACACAUCCCUGUACGUGUUGCUGAAACUACUACAUGGUAAUUGUUAGAUAAUGAGCUGCUUUUCUGUGUAAUAACACAGUUACUGUCACAAAAAGAAAAGGUUUUUCUCAUUUAUGUAUUAAUUCGAUUGUUUGUGAUUGGCUAGAAAUCAAAUCAACUUUCUGUAACAUUUUGCUACACUUAAAGCAUAUGGUUUCCUGUGUUUGCAUAUAUCGUGUUUAUUGCCAGAAGGAAGAGGUUCUGGAUAGAGAUGUAGCUGCCUUUGUUUUCCCCAGGGAAUUUAGUAGGAGAAGACUGGGGCAGUGAAGCAGGAGUUGAGUGGGUGAAGACUCUGCCCUGUAUCUACUGCAGACAAACUGGAUGUUUUGUACAAUCACGGUGUCCUUGGUUGGCCUCUUUUAGGUGUCUGUGACUCCUCAGCCACUAGGGUUUCUGUUGUAAGGAGCCUUCUGCAUCAGUAACAUAAACCUCCAUCCCGCGUUUAAAACUUAACACUGCAGAAUAUUCUGCUGAUGUUAAGGCUGUUUCCCACCUGACUGUUCUUCCACAUCUUGCCUGCACCAUUGCUGUGAGAGGAAUUCAUCUAGGAUAUGUCCAUAGUAUCAGCAGGUAGACUUCUUUCACGUGUUCUGUUUGGGAAUGGAUUAAAAGCAUACCUGUC